AGAAUGAUCAAAGAUAGGCAAAUAGUGUGUUCCACCUGUGAUAAUGAAUUAAAUAUCGAGACAAAGCGAAUCUUUUCUCAUCCUUUCAUUGGAAUAUUGCAGUGCGAGGUAUGCUGGAAACAUUUCAAAAAUAUACAGCUGAAAUUUGAUGAGGAAAAAUCUAGAAAUCAUUGUCACAUUUGCGGCGGAAACAAAAAAUUAUUUGUAUGCUGCAACAAAGAUUGCUUCUCAGCGUGUUGUAAAGGAUGUAUAAAGAGGAAUGUGAGUUUAUCGCUUUUGGACGUAGAAAAGGAAGAUUGGAAAUGUUUUAUAUGUAAUCCUAAACCAAUUUGGGAUUUGAGGGCCGUAUGUGCUACUGUAAUGGACUCUCUUCCCAACGCCACCCAAGGUCAAACCAAUGAAAAACAAUCGUCACAGGGGAAGGAAAGGGAACUGCAGGUGAGGCUAGAAAAAUUAAUGCCCAAGGAAAUAAUAUUGCUAACACAAAAGAAAUUACCAGAGAAAAUGACUAUCAAAUCUCAAAGAAAUGGAGACUUUAUUAUUGACGGGCCUUCAACGAGUACCGCACGACAUUCUUCAUCCGAUCUUGUUUCAGUGGACAGCAAACAUUCUGAAAAAGCUAUUUGUAUAACUGACAGUCAGAUCACCAAGGCCAGCGAUAAGAAAGAAAAUUCUCCGCCUUGUAGUCCUUGGACGAAUUCGAAGAACGUCGCAAAAUUUAAAAUGAAUACGAAAACAUUGUUUGCAUGCCCACAUUGCGGUGUUCCUUUUAGUUCCAAACACUGUGUCGCUCAUCAUGUUAAUAAGACUUGUUUAUCGAAUCCAUAUUCGAGAACCAACAGAGAAGCUGGCAGGCACCAGUGCCAACAAUGCGGUCGCAAUUACGGUAAAGAAAAAAGUUUAAGACAUCAUCAGAAGCACGAGUGCAACCAGAGGGUAACGUGCGAGAAAUGUGGUUCGACUUUUCAAGGAACAAUUGUUCCGGUACGCCAUAGGAAGAAGUGUGGGAUCGAUCAAAAUUCAUCCAAAAUUGAAAAAAUGAUGAAGAAAGAAAACACACGCGAUGAACCCUUUGAAGACGACUCGAGCAUUGAUUUCUCAGAUUAA